GACGGAGGUGUGAUAGGCAGGUAAGGGGGAGAUUGUAGUCAGUUGUUUUUCACAACCCGAAUUGACAAAAUGGACCUCUGGUAUCGUAAGGGAGGUAAAGGGACCAAGGGCCUCUGGAAAGACACUGUUGUUGGGUCUUUUGCCAUGAAGCUACUAGGUAUGACUGUCGAAAAUGGCAGAAAGGUUCUCCUUGGUGACAAGCAGCCUGCCGCUGCUGCCUCAGAGCUGUCCGUCAAAAAUGCCGAAGGGGCCCCGCAGCGGGAACCUGCCUUCCUUAAUCAGACAGAACCGAGGCCAUUGCAGACUAACGCUAGGAGCGUUCCUCCGAAGUUGGAAGAUAAAACGCCUGAAGUUUACAUCGACGAACUAGGGCGGAUGCAUGGGAACAUGGAGCCCCGCGUCAGGUACUGUAACGCCAGGCCGUCCAUGGAAGACUUCGACCUUCCAGAAGAGUCGCUGGACCUUCUCAAUGAUUCAUUGGAGGACGAGAACGAUCCUCUGAAGGACGAGUCAGUCCGCGAUCUCCAGGAAGCCAUGGCAGACAUAGACUUUCUCGCGACAGAGGAGGGUUUUCGGGAGUUCCAGAGGGCCAUGAUUGACCCGACGGUCCUCCUGUCUCGAAAUAUCACUGAAGAGGAGGAGGACCUCCUGGCGUCGUUCGACGUACUCGUCAUCGACUCUGAUUUUCCUGACGUGACUUUUGUCUACGACAAACACAAGGGGAAGAUGGUCUACUGUGAAUAACGGUGCCAUACUCUGAGGUAGGGAGCUACUACCUUGGCUUCCCAGGAAAAAAAAAAAAAUCAAAAAAAAAAAAAGCAUAAAAUUUAAAAAAGUGGUGACAGAUAUUUUAGCUUUAAAUUUUCUUGCUAAGUGAAUUAACUUUAA